UCCUGGCGAAACCUUGCUGAGGCAUUUUGGAGCAAAAUGCAUCCAGUCCGUUGGUUUGUCACAGUGCUCCUGACAGUUGGCGCCUCUGAGCUUUGUUGUGCCGGACCACUCCAUGCUCAGUGCAAAGUAGAAUGGUACUUUGGGAUACCAUGCCAAGUGGUUUAUGAAUCCCUGGUCUCACAGAUUAAGAAGUGGAAAACCAUGGCUGGCUGCACCAUGGGAGGACAGAGGUGCCUUUACAAGCUGCAGUCUGCCUCGGUCCACUUUAUAGCAGCUAAACACACCACGCCCUUUAAGAGGUAUGUGGACGACAUCAACUUCCGGCUGGUCUCCUAUCACUUCUUCACUUGCUGUCACGUUUCGGCCAUGUCUGUCUCUGAGACCUGGUAUGCCAUCAAAGACCACGGCACCAACUACUGCAACCUCUACAACCUCAUAGAAGGAAGUGGUCUAACUGAAGCCAGAGGUUAUAAAGAGGUCACCAGUGACUUCCUGUGUACCCAGCGCUCCUCUGCUAACUGCACCGUCUACUGACUGAAUAUCUGGGAUCACCAGAGACCAUCACAG